AUGCGCCUCCUCAGAAGAACCACGAAUGGGUCGUAUGAGAUUACCGGGCCGUAUCUCGUCAAAGACAGUAUCCCCGCGUAUGCAGUGUUGUCACAUACAUGGCUAUCUGACAAUGACCGAGAAGUCACUUUCCAGGAUUUGACUACCGGAGAACCCACAAAGAAGCCUGCCGGCUACGCUAAGAUCCAUUUCUGUGCAUCACAGGCCUCGAGAGAUGGGUUAGAAUUCUUCUGGGUGGAUACAUGCUGCAUAGACAGGACUAGCAGCUCUGAGCUCGAAGAGGCUAUCACAUGCAUGUUUUCUUGGUAUCGAGAUGCCGCACGGUGUUACGUGUACUUGGAGGAUGUUUCUGCGAACCCAGAACCUGGAUCUUCUCUCAGCCAGACACAGAGGCAGGACAAAUUGGAAUCGGAAUUUCGCCGCGCCAGAUGGUUCAGUCGAGGAUGGACGCUCCAGGAGCUUCUUGCCCCAGUAGAUGUAGUAUUCUUCUCUGUAGACCAGGUGUUGUUGGGUGACAAAAGCUCGCUUGAGUCAAUGAUACAUGAGAUAACUGGAAUACCACUUGACGCUCUCAGAGGAAAACGCCUGGCCAAGUUCAGUUUGGACGACCGCCUUUCGUGGGCUUCCAGACGACAAACAAGGCGCAAGGAAGACAGGGCGUAUUGCUUGCUGGGUAUCCUCGAAAUCUACAUACCGCGCAUGUACGGCAUGGGUGAUUCGGCCUACGACCUUUUACUUGACGAAAUCAAGAAGAAGAACGCAGUAGACGAAAGACAAGAACUCUUGUUAUCAAACCUGCCUACAGCGUCUGACGCAACUUUCGAUUCCAGCUACAAUGGGCGAGGCCGCACCUGCCUUCAAGACACCAGAGCCGAACUGCUUCAGCAAAUACAAACUUGGGCCGAGGGUGCUGACGAGAAGAAUGUAUUCUGGCUGAAAGGGGCAGAAGGCAUAGGCAAGUCGACAGUAGCGCGUACUGUUGCUAGAAGAUAUCACGAGCGAGGCAACCUAGGGGCAAGCUUCUUCUUCUCGAAGGGUGAAGGUGAUCUCAGUGGCUCCACCAAAUUGGUAUCGAGUCUGGCCCGGCAGCUUGCGGAAUCCAUACCACAAACACGGCGCUUCAUAUGUGAUGCUAUUGCUGAGAAACCGGAAGUCAUGCGUCGGCCCCUCGAGGAACAAUGGACCCAACUUAUAUUGAUUCCUUUGUCAAAGCUUCAUGACAGUCAAGCUCCCUCCCCGAUUCUUUUUGUGAUUGACGCUCUGGACGAAUGCAACGAUGGUAGUGAUACGCAGCGCAUCUUGAGACUUUUCACUGCUGUCAGACAGUUUGACAAUAUCCAACUACGAGUCUUUAUCACCAGCACAGGUCGAGAGCAGGUCCACAACAGUAUCCAGAAGGCGCCAGAGAAUGAGUGUCAAGUCUGCGUUCGUCAGAUUAUACCCACCAUAUUUGAUAACGACCUUGGCGUAUACUUUCAAAACAGUCUAUCGUCGAUCCGUACAGAUUGUGGCUUUGACCAUAAUUGGCCCGCCAUUGGAGUCAUCGAACGUCUUGUUGAGAAAUCCUGCGGUCUCUUCAUAUGGGCUUCUCUUGCUUGCAGGUUCAUCCGUGAUGGCCAACAACUCGCAAAGAGGCGCAUGGACUCGCUGGUUGAUGAGCUCUCUUCACGUUCCCAGCCCAUGAGUCCAUUGGAUUGGAUUUACAUGACGAUCCUACAGAACUCGGUUCAGCCAAGCAUGAAUGAUCUUGAGAUGAAGGAAAUGCAGAAGAUGAGAAGAGCGAUCCUCGGUAGCAUCGCUGUGCUCGACUCGCCGUUACCAGUCAGGUCACUUGCCAAACUGCUCGUCGUAUCCCCUUCCGAAAUCAGAAAGACGCUUGUGGGGUUGAGUCCCAUUUUCGACGCCUCUCAGGACAAUCGUCCUAUCCGCAUCAAUCAUCGCACCUUCAGGGAAUAUCUUCUUGACAAGGAACGAUGUCUUGGCGACUUCCAUGUGAACUCACAAGAGGCGCACGAGUUCCUGGCGCAGAAGUGCCUGACGAUCAUGUCGAGAAUGCUCAAGAGGGAUAUCUGUGGUCUUGGAUCAGCGGAUACCAUCGUCAACAACGUAGACCCUGGUCGGGUCAACCGUUGCAUUCCGCUGGAGCUACAGUAUGCUUGUGUCUACUGGAUCGACCAUCAACGACAGAGUGCCGCACGUCUUCAUGAUGGAGACCAGGUUCACAUUUUCUUCAAGCGACACUUUCUUCAUUGGUUGGAAGCAAUGACCCUACUAGGGAAGAGUAAUGAUAUGGGUGCCAUCAUACGAUUAUAUCAAGCACUCCUGAUUCCCUCUGAAAAUGAGCAGCAACUUCCAUUGGUAAAAGAUGCAAGGCGUUUCAUGCACGCGUUCCAGAAUGCCUUUAACCAGGAACCACUGAAGGUUUAUGUCGCCGCACAAGCAUUGCAUUCACCCACCGAUGAGGAAAGGCUCCGGUUCUGGAGCCAGUUACAUCCCAUCAUGAGAGACAUUCGACUGAGCUCGGCGAUGCCCCCCUACGACAAGGAUGAGUUUAACUAUGUCAGUGACUUGGCUUUCACACCUGAUGGCAAGCAGAUUGCCUCGGGGUCAAGUUUUGGAGCAGUUCGCGUCUGGAGCACUGACGAUAGAGUCGCCUGCUACACACUGGGGGACGCAAAGGACAAGAUCAGCUCCGUCGCCAUCUCUCCGGAUGGGUCGACCCUCAUUGCAGGCUCAGACGAUUUCACGAUUAUGAUCUUCGACUUGAAAAGAAGGAAACUACGGCACACCUUACAAGCACACAGUCGUUGGGUGAACGCUGUAGCGUUCUCCCCCAACGGCAAGCUGUUUGCGUCAGGGUCUAUGGAUCAAACCGUAGCAAUCUGGGACACUGAAACGCUUCGAGAAGUCAAGAGGAUUGACAUCCAGUCAAGUCCUGUGAAUGCAGCUGUCUUUUCUCCUGACGGCCACUUCAUCAUCACGGGUUCUGUUGACGGGAUUGUCAGGCUAUGGGAUUUCUCAACUGAGUCGGAGGAGGCUCACAGGACAUUUCAAGGCCACUCCGGAGCCGUCAACUCGAUCCGAUUCUCCGCCAGUGGACACUUGAUUCUUUCCGGGUCUGACGACAUGACUAUCAAGCUAUGGGAGACGGAAACGGGAAAAGAGCGCAUGACCUUCCGGGGGCACACGAAAAGAGUCAUGACUGCCAUCUUCUCACUGGACGCUGAAAUAAUUGUAUCCGGCUCCGAAGACAAGACCAUUAGGCUCUGGAAUAUUGAGAACGGUGCUUUGCUGCAGACGUUCAGAAAUCAAUCCAGCAGCAUCAACUCCGUCGAGUUCUCUCCAGACGGCAGGAUGCUGGCUUCCAGCUCCUACAAUGACGAAGUCAGACUAUGGGACACCUGCACUUGGAAAUUACUCGGGAAACUGGAAGACUUUGAUGAAGACAUCAAUUCCAGGAUAUAUCCAAAGGCCCUUCAAUCUACUUUGGGAGAGAUGAUUGAUGGCACCUAG